AUGAGUGGGCUUCGGAUAGGCAAGAUCCCAGAGGUCUUCGAGUCUCGAAAACGGAAGAUCCUCACCGAACUAUCAACACCGGAGACAGAGUAUACCGAUCUCUCCCCAAAAGGAUCGGUGGAUGAGGGGAUCCGAGACUUGAUCCAGGAGAUCAAUACCCUUCCUGGAUUGGUGACUACCAGCAGCUGCUCUGGACGCAUCAGUGUCUUCCUGGAAGGACGGAAAAAGCAGCAGCAGCAACGGCAGUUCGCACCUUCUGGAGGCAAAGGAGCAGGAAAGUGGUUAUAUGUGUCACACGACCCUUUGAAGGGAUAUGGAACGAAUGACAGCAGCAAUGGCUAUGAUUCACACCAAGAAAAUACGAUGAAAAGUCUGCAUGAGUUAUUUGGGAUGGUUCCUGGAGAUGGGAAACUGCCGAAGACAAAACAGGACGGUCACGCCCCGCGCCUGGUGCGAUUCCAUUAUGAUCCCAUGAUUCUCCACAUUAUGACGGCGACACUGCAGCAUUCCCAUCCAGUAUUGUCAGCGGCUGCAACCUCGGGUUUCCGUGAGAGUGGACUACAAAGUCUACGUUGCCUUGAAGGCGAGGACGGCCCGAGUCCGAUUGUUGCUGUUCGGUCGGCCGGAUUGUCGCUUGAAUCUGUUAUCGGGUACUGCGAAGAUGCUGAUGAAGAGGACGAUACAAGUAGCAAAGAGCCUGUCAUUCGCAGUCUUGUCUCCGAGGAAUAUCUCCAGAUGCUAAUUGACAUCUCAAAUGAGCGAUUCAUCGUGAAUGGCGAGCGCAAAGAGAGGUUUCGGGCAACUCUUCUCAAUUUGUAUUUUACUGAUCAAUUGGGUACUUCGAAGGCGAAGACAAAGGCUAGACCGGAGGGUUGGGAGGAUCCUGAUCAACGCAGGGAAAGGAAAAGAGCGGAAGGCCUUAUGAGAAAGAGGCUCCUUGCGGAUCAGGAAAAGAACGCCAAUAAUGAGAAGGAGACACAUGAGACAGGGGAGAUCAUUGAUGUGACUAAAUUAUGA